UAGAUAUCCUGUUUAGGACAGAGCUGUAUUGUCGCACCUUUGUUCUGAUAAGUGCCCCUGCCCCCAUCGACAAAGUGCCAACGACUGCGAGCGCCUCGGGAAUAUAAGGACCCUUGUCAGCGGCACAGUCUAUCGCUGACUGACUUUUGCUACUGUCCUGUUGUUUCUUGUCCACACUGAUUUUUCCUCAUGGAUUUCCUCCUCGUUUGCGUCAUAUGCGCCGCUCUCCUCCUUCACACCGAAGCUUUUACACACCAGGAUAUGAAGGAUGCGCUGCUGCAGAAACUUGGAAUGGGUGAAGUUCCUAAAAUCCAUAAAAGGGACUUGGAGAACCUGGUUAUUCCGGCGCACAUUAGAAAUAAGUACACAUCCAUGCUGAAGCUGCAUCACAGCAGAAGACGCAGAUCUUUGCCCAGCCUGGCGGGCAUUCUGAGAGGAAUCCCCGGCAACGCAGAUAUUUCUGGAGAGUACGUGUACUCUGACUCCACUCGACAUCGCGUGGUGUUCGACAUGGAGGCGAGGAUCCCGGAUAACAGCGAGGUGACCAUGGCGGAGCUGAAGCUAUACCAGAAGGCUUCACACCUCAAACGUUCCUCGGUGGUGGAGAAGAAGCACCACCGACCCGUCAACAACGCCAGAGUUAGUGUCUACUGGGUGGAGGUUCUGCCCAACGGAUCCAACAGAACAUCGCUGGUGGAUUCACGGUCGGUCCCCAUUCACAAAACGGGCUGGCAAAGCUUUGAUGUGACGCAGGCGGUGCACUAUUGGUCCAAGACGCAGCAGAAGACACCUAUGCAUCUGGAGGUGUGGAUCGAGGGCGAGAGACCUGGCAGCUACGCGGCAGAGAUGGCCAAGAGUGUCCGCUUUACCACCCAGGAACAGACGGACAACACCUUGGGAAAGCCCGAGCUCAUCCUCUACACACUCAACCUUGAAGAAUAUGGUUCUCGUGGCGACUGCAAUGCAAACCAAAACAAAGACACCUGCUGCAGGGAGCAGUAUUUCAUCAACUUCCGUGCACUCACUUGGACGCAGUACUGGAUCAUUGAGCCGGCAGGAUACCAGGCCUUCAGGUGCACCGGAGGCUGCAAGCAACCCAAACGCAACUUUGGUUAUGGGGAGCGGAAGUGCACUGUGUCCGAGAGCGCCCCCUUACCAAUCAUGUACCUGGUGAAGCAGGGGGACUACACUGAAAUCGAAGUGGCCGAGUUCCCCAACAUGAUUGUGGAGAGCUGUGCGUGCACAAUGGACCAUGUUUCCAUCGUAUGAAGUUAACCUGAAAACUAUAAUAAUCUAAAAUGAAAUCUGUGACUGAUGGAGGUGGAAACAAUUCUACACACAGCAGAUGUAUUUUAGAAAUAUUAUAGUAAUUUGUCUUGCGUGUGUGUCACCAUAUCUAGUACUUUCUAUUUAAGCAGACAUUUAUCAGGAGUUUGAAACAGUAUCUCAGCACUGCUGUCCAUGAACUCUUUUCUUCCACAAGCACUUUUACAUAUAUGUACAUUUUUGUAGUUGAAUUUGAAUUUAUGCAAAUCAUAAGUGAUCACUCACGUCCAGUCGGAUUUGAUGUGCUGUACAUACUGAGUUUAUGUUUAGAAAAUAAAAUAUUUUGGCUGAA